ACGUGGACGUCGCAUCGUAAAGAUAACGCGUACUAUUUGCACUCACGGUAGUGCGUUAUAAGUGACAGUGAAAGCACAACAACUCAUCUAAACUGGAGGUCCUCUUACCUGUGCCGUCACACGGCGACACUCGGUGAUUACUGAGACACUAUGCGGCGCCUGUACGACAAUGCUGUCCGACGACGAAUGCUGCCAACUGAUGACAGGCCAAGUGAAGCUGUGCGUCCGCUUAAAUCCGCGGCGGACUGAUGAAUUAUCCAUUUGCGAACUCUUUGUCUGACGUCAGAUGAAUGUAGGAUGUAGCCCCUGAAGAGCUUCCUCUGCAGUUUCAGAACAUAACUAUGGCGGACAGAUGCGACUUAUGGCAGAAGCAUAAUGUCGUCACUGUAAGAGAAACGAAACCGCGGCUGUGUAAUGGAGCCGAGCACAGAAGAGAGAAAUGAAAUGCCAUCGUGGAUGGACAGCAAAUUCAUCGAGGAGGCUUUCCUCAAAGCGGGCAACGAAGUGGAAUCGGACACUGCACAUAUCGAGUACGCGUGCAAGUACGGAGGCGGCUUAAUGAGCGAGACUUUCCGCCUGCGGGCGAAGCUCCGAGGGCGGAGUGCCGGAGAACCGUCGCUGGUGGUGAAGAGCGCACUGCGGUCGGAGGGCGCGAUGAAGGACCUGGGCAGCUCGGACGUGUUCUCGCGGGAGCGCGCCGUCUACUGCGACGUGCUACCCGCGCUGGCGGCCGAGGGCGGUGGCGGGGGCGGCGUGUGGGCGGCGGUGGCGCCCGCGUGCUACGGCAGCGGCGCGCCGCCCGGGCCCGACUACCUGCUGCUGGAGGACCUGUCGGCGGCCGGCUUCUGGGAGCCGCAGGCGGCGCCGCUGGACCGCGCGCAGUGCGCCGCCGCGCUGACCGCGGCCGCCCGCCUGCACGCCGCCAGCGUGCCGCAGCUGCAGCGGCCGCCGCUCGACGGCCCGCUCUUCCGGCAGUCGCUCACCUUCGCCGACGAGAACGCCGCCGCCGUCGGCGGCCUGGUGCAGUCGUCCCUGCUGCGCAUGCGAGAGGUGCUCGCAGAAUAUCCCUGGUUCCACCCGUACGACCAACGCUUCCAGAAGCUGGCGCGCGAGCUGUACCCGCGAGCGGCGCGGGCAGUCAAGGAAUGCUCCGGUGGUCUGCGCGUCCUGCUGCACGGUGACCUCAAGAGGAACAACAUCAUGUUCCGCACCGCCGCGGGAGAGCUGCAAGUCCGUCUCUACGAUUUUCAGUGCGCGCACGUGGGCUGCCCCGCCGAGGACGUGGUGUACCUGCUGUACAGCAGCGCCAGCCUGGAGGUGCUGCAGCACCAUGUGGACGAGCUGGUGGCCGGCUACCACGCCAGUCUGCAGGCAGCCCUGCGGGCCCUGGGGCUGCACCAGGCGGCAGACGACUACCCCCUGCACCAGCUUACCAGCGACAUGGAGCACAUGGCUCCGGUGAAGCUGUUCUGCGCCUUCCAGAGCAUGCCCUUGCUCAUCAGCCAGCAUUGCAUAGACUUUGACCCCAACGUCGCGCUCGCAGAUAAUGACGACGGAAACGUGAAGAGAUUUAUUCGCCAGUGUAUCACUAAUCAGACUUUCUUAAGCACUGUGCAGUACCUGAUACCUGUUUUUGAGGAAAGAGGUUGGAUAUAGACUACUUUGUAUUCGCCAUUUCUUGCUGCUGAUGCGAGUGGUAAAUAAACGCUAAGACAAAAAAAAAAAAAAAAGGAUUCCCUACUAAGGAAUUACCCGAAUGGGAGUGAAAUCGGUAGAUGUGGUGUACCAUAUGCAAAAACAAAUUAUUAAAACUUCAGUAAAAUCGGCUCAUUUAUUAACUGUAUGAUUUAUUCAAGAGAGAAAAGCUUCACAAAUUAAGCCAAUAAUGUGUUGGCCCAUCUCUGGCCCUAUACGAGCAAUUAUUUGGCUUGGCAUUGAUUGACUGAGUUGUUGGAUGUCCUAAGGGAUAUCGUGCCAAAUUAUGCCCAACUGGCGCUUAGACUGUCAAAGACCCGAGUCGGUUGGAGGGUCCUGACUAUAAUGAUCCAAACGUUCUCAAUUGGGGAGAGAUCCGGUGGUCUUGCUGGCGAAGGUAGGGUUUAGCAGGCACAAAGACAAGCAGUAGUAACUCUUGUCGUGUGCGGUUGGGCAUUAUUUUGCUGAAAUGUAAGACCAAGAUGGCUUUCAAUGAAGGGCAACAAAACAGGUCACAGACAGUCAGGUUGGUAUCAAACGACUGUCUGCGGCCUCUCCAGACACUUUUUCAUUGUUUAUCUUGGGCUCAAAUCGAAGAGUGCUCAUCACUGAAGACAAAUCUACGCCAGUCAGUGAGAGUCUAGGCCGAAGAUGUGUCUGGUGACGCCCCAGACAGCGGAGGGAUACCAACCCGCCUGCCGCCCAUCGUUUGGGGCAACAACCAGGAGUUAUGAUGGUCUGGGGUGCAAUUUCUAUUCACAGCAAGACACCUUUCUUUCUAAAUCGCUGCAUCUUUACGAUAUUAUACUCUGCCAUUCCGAACUUACAUUUCGGGAAGGUAAUGCCCACCCGCACACGGCAUCUUCGUGCUUGGCAAAUCCUACCUCGGCCAGCAAGGCCGCCGGUUCUCCGGCCAAAUAAGAAUUUUUGGAGCGUUAUGGGCAGGGCCUCCAACCCACUCGAGCUUUUGGCGAUCUAACGCGCCAGUUGGACAGAAUUUGGCACGAUGUACCUCGGGAGAACAUCCAACAACUCUUAUCAGUCAAUGCUUGCGUAAGAGCCAGGCCGAUGUACCCUAACUUGCUCAAUUUUGUGAAGUUCUUUCUCGUGAAUAAAUCAACCAAUUCCUAUGAACUUACAAUCGUUUGUUUGUCUGCACAUGUACAUCACAUCCACCUAAUCCUUCAUGGUGCGUAGUUUUGUAAAAUUUGAAAUUUUCCCGGCGAAUCAAAUGUUCAAAAAGAUUUUGAACUUGCAGCCGGUCGACGGAAACUUCAUUGCACGGUAUUUCGGCUGGACAACUGCCAGCCAUCUUCAGGUGAGCCGAACGAAGACUCAUGCUUAGUUUUGUUUUUCUUUUUUUUUCGUGCCUUAGGGUAUAUUAGCCUCUAGCAGAUUACGGAAAGGAAGACCCAGGUUUCCUAAUUACCUCAAUGAGUACAACUACUGCACUGCUAUAUUGCAACACCAUUAAUGUCUUCUUUUGCAGUGGUCAGGCAUUACCUCUUCCUACCAAAGGAACAUAGAACAAGUACCAUUUCCAGGUUAAUGCGGAUUUAGACUGCACGUAUAACCGAAAAACACACGGAAACUCCGAUUUACUGUGUUUGCAAAUAUGCAACCUGUCAUAUUAGAACCACUGCAUUACUGAAGCGCUAUUCGUCAUAAACUGACAACUUAUUUACAAAAUUAUACUUGCAAGUGCUACUUCGUACCACUUGCUUUACGUUCAACUUCGGAAAAUAAUCGUAGAUUUUUUUCUGCUUCCGUUUCUCAUCCUCUUUCUUUUCCUGACUACGGUUGUCAUUCACUAGCUGAUCGAUCGUCAAAACAACUCGUUUUGAGUUUAUCUAUCACCCUCCUAGCACACGUAAGCCGUCCGAAACUUCAGCAGCAGCAAGAAAUGUAAUAUAUGUUAAAACUUCUUCUUAAUGAUCCGUUUUAGAAGAUGAUAUUGAGAUCUGCCGGUGGCUACAAAAGUGCGAGCAAGAUAAUUACUCCUGUCGAUGUUUAACAGUAUGCUUUCAUUUCAUAGCGAUGCAUAGCAAGAGUUCGAGAGUAAAUCUUCGCAGAAGAACCUAUAAACCACUUUCUUUUAUCAUCAGCUUUUAAUGAAGCGCAAAUUGUCGACAAUUAAGUCCUAGAAAAAAAGCAAAGCAAACUUGUAGUCAUCAAAUUGGCUGCAAACUUUUUACAAAAGUAGUCCUCGAAUUUACCUGAAACAGAUGACUAUGGAAAAAUAUGUGGGGUCUCCCAUCUUCUACCGGCGGGGAAACCUUAGGUCACAUGCAUAAUAGUGCAUCCUAAACGAAAAUAUCCGUUCCAAUUGUAACCGUACACUUCAGGAGAAGUUUCUUAAUUUCCAAAACUUGCUAAACUGUGUACAGAUAAUCCGCAAACUGGGUAAUCUUCACUUGGAUAAUCUGGAGUUCAGCACAGCACUGCAUUCGCAUGGCAAAGCCGAAUAAGCAGCAUUUUACGACCUCGUGUGUGUGUGUGUGUGUGUGUGUGUGUGUGUGUGUGUGUGUGUGUGUGUUAGUUGAGAGGGGGAGGGGGGGGGGAGAGUUCACAUUACUCAACGCUGAAGAACAUUAAAUCUAAGUAUCUAUAUGACCUGGUGAACAAUGAAGUGAACAUGUGCGUACUGGACUAAUAAGUUAUCAGCGAGAUUCCGAAAAAAUGAAUACUUCAGAAAUCACAUGACAAAAGCGAUUUCUUAUUUCUUGUUGUGCGAUGAAAUAUGAUUCAAUGAUGUUAGUUAUAAAAUAAAAUGUUUCUUCAU